UCACUCUCCAAUCAUGUGAUUAGAACAGUUAUUUAAAGAGGCAGAAUGUGCCUAGAUUAGAGAGCAGUCUCUCCUCUCCUCUCCUCUCCUCAGUGCCAUACGGCAGUUUGCAGUCACAGGGUUCAGCAUGGCUGAAGCUUUCGCGGGCACCUGGAAGCUGGUGGACAGCAAUAAUUUUGAUGAAUACAUGAAAGCGAUUGGCGUGGGCUUUGCCAUGAGGCAGAUAGCAAACCUGACCAAGCCCACCACCAUCAUCGAGCUGGAGGGCGACAAGGUCACCGUGAAGACCCAGAGCACCUUCAAGAGCACAGAGAUCAGCUUCAAACUGGGGGAGGAGUUUGAUGAGAUGACCGCCGAUGACAGACAUGUCAAGUCUCUCGUGACGCUGGAUGGAGGAAAACUUAUCCAUGUGCAGAAAUGGGAUGGAAAGGAGACGACGUUAGUCCGAGAACUGGAGGAUGGGAAGUUAAUUCUGACUCUCACCCUGGGCACUGUUAUCUGCACUCGCACCUAUGAAAAGGCAACAUAGACACCAACUCUCUGCUGAUCACCUGGUGCUGAACUCACUGAAUUGCCUAUUUCCCCCCCACGUUUUGUAUUCAAUUUAAUAUGUGAGCAUGGAGCCAGUGCAGGCGAGCCCUCCCCUUCUGCCCGCGACUCUGCUUUCUGUGGUACUGUGGUUUGUUUUUUUUUUAAUCUUGUAAGACCCCAUGUGGAAAAUAAUAAACCAAAGUUGUUUCA